AUGUUUCGACUGAAGUCGUGCUGGGAAAAGGUUGAACAAAGCGGACUCGUGCUCGUGGGCUCGGCUACGGAGCGUCGGAAGCUGAAUCUCGCUUCGGUCCGUAAAUUUCUUGAUCCAUGUCCCAGGCUCGACCUCGAUCGACCGAACCGCCGUGUUCGUUGUUUGAUUCGAGUAGGCAGAGAUGAAAACAGCCUCGACCGUUCUUGCCCUACUGUAUUGUUCACAUGA